AUGGGCGUAAUUGGACCCAUCGCUCCCCACCAUAUGCAUCCCGAUUCGCAUGGAUUUCAAGCAAAUGCUAGAUGUGAAUAUCAUUCCGGUGCCCCAGGGCAUAGCACCGAUGACUGUUGGACUCUGAAAAGAGCCAUAGAGAGACUCAUUUCCGAAAAACUGAUUGUAGUGACGAAUGGCGAGGACCCUCCUAACGUGACAAAUAAUCCGUUGCCAGCACACAAUGAUGUUCAUUUUGUUGGAAUGAUUGGCCGAGACCAAGAAUACAAGCCGGUCGGUCGAGCAGAAAUGACAGUGGGUGCAAUUCAAGAAGGAGCAGGUAUGGAAGUAAGUCCCAGCCGAGACGUGCCAUUGAUUGUUAAAGGCGCCCAGAACUCAAAUAAGGCAACUUUAUUUGUUCCAAAGAUCUCGAGGUUGGAAGUUCACUCUAGUGUUCCAAGCCCAAGGUUAUAUGUACUUGGAGGCCAUCCCAACAAAAGGGAGAAGCAGGGAGGUACGAAAGGUAUAACAGAACCGAUCGUAAUCAAACCUGCCAUGCAACUCCCCGUAACCAACACAAAAACCACUCCUUGGAACUACAACAAAACGGUGAUGACCUACAAAGGCAGGGAAAUCAUAGAGGAAGUGGGGGAAACUGGAGGUUUUACUCGAUCAGGGAGAUGUUACUCCCCAGAAGAGUUGAGGAAGGCCAAGCAAAUUAGAGAAGGCCAUUUGCCAAUAAAGAAGCCAGUCACUGAAGCAGAUGCGGAGGAGUUUUUGAAAAAGAUGAAAGUUCAGGAUUACUCAAUCAUCGAUCAACUAAGAAAGACUCCUGCUCAAAUCUCUCUACUAUCUCUUCUCCUACAUUCCAAAGAGCAUGCCCGUGUACUAAUCAAGGUCCUUAACGAGGCACAUAUCUCAGAGGAAACCACAGUGAACCAGUUAGAGAAGAUGGCCAACAGAUUUUUUGAGGUGAACAGAAUCUCCUUUACUGAUGAUGAACUUCCCGAGGAGGGAGCCGGGCACAAUAGGGCUUUGAACUUGAUGGUCAAAUGUGAGGGUCAUUAUGUGAAGCGAGUCAUGGUUGAUGGAGGCUCAAAUGUAGAUGUAUGCCCUCUCUCUACCUUGCAAAGCAUGAAGAUCGAUACAGACAGAAUCCGACCCAGCAGUGUUCGCAUCCGAGCUUUUGAUGGCUCAGCAAGAGAUACCAUUGGGUAG